AUGGCUUUCAGGCGCCCAUUGACGCUACCUACAGGGUCAGCGUCGCUGCUGUCCUCUGUGUCAGCCACCACUCGGUCCCGCACAGCUGCUGCGCUUCCCCGAUUCACCUCCGUUCGUGCAUCGUCAAGCUCGACCUCAGCUCUUGCUUACAAGGCCUUGCACCGUCGGUCUCCUCUACCUCUGCCGGUUUCCGAUGCUUCUCCUCAAUGGGAUGCCCCCACCGCUGUCUCAUCCAUUCUCUAUGAGACUCCUGUGGCCCCCACCAACCCACCCAAGCGGCACAUUCUGAACUGCCUCGUCCAGAACGAGCCCGGUGUGCUGUCUCGUGUGUCUGGUAUCCUUGCUGCUCGUGGCUUCAACAUUGACAGUCUGGUCGUUUGCAACACUGAGGUUGAGGACCUCUCGCGCAUGACCAUCGUGCUGCAGGGCCAGGACGGCGUUGUCGAGCAGGCUCGCCGCCAGCUGGAUGAUCUCGUCCCUGUCUGGGCUGUCUUGGACUACACUGACUCUGCUCUUGUGCAGCGUGAGUUGCUCCUGGCCAAGGUCUCUAUCCUGGGUCCUGAGUUCUUCGAGGAGCUCCUCCAGCACCACCGCGAGAUCACCACCUCGCCCGACUCCCUGGCCCACCAGGCCCACCACGACCACUCUGUUCAGCAGUACCACCCCCGUCACCUUCCCCAGAGUCAGGCUCUGCGCCACAAGCAUGAGCACUUGGACGCUAUCACCCGCCUGGCCCACCAAUUCGGUGGUAAGAUUCUGGAUAUCAGCACCAACAACUGCAUUGUCGAGGUCUCUGCCAAGCCCUCUCGUAUCGACUCUUUCCUCAAGUUGAUCGGUCCUUUCGGUAUCCUUGAGUCCACCCGAACCGGUCUCAUGGCCCUUCCCCGUUCGCCCCUGGGUGAGCCCAGUGAGGAGAUCGAGAAGGAUGCUGCCGACGUUGUUGAUGCCAGCACUCUGCCUCCUGGCUAA